CCAGUCAACCAUGAAAAGUAAUUUAUUACUUUUGUUUGGUUUGCUCAUUGUAGCCGUUACAGCCCACAAAUGGAGCAAGGGCGGUGGCCAUCACGGCCACGCAGACCACCACCACGGUCACAAAGGUCAUGACCAUAAGGGGCAUCACGGACAUCAUGAGCACCACCAUGGACAUAAAGGACAUCAUGAUAGCGGAGGACAUAAAGGCCAUCACGGACAUGAAGGCGGUCACAAAAAACAUCAUCACCAUGACGAUGGGUACCAUCACCACCAUCAUAAGGGAGAAAAGGGCAGUCACGGCCAUGGACACGACGAGCACGGUCACUGGCAUAAAGGACACGAUACAAAAGGACAUCAUGGAGUCGAAAAACAUGACGAAUUUAAGAAGGAUAAACAUUUCCAUAGUCACCAUGGGGACAAAGGUUACCAAGAACAUCACGGCGGUUACCAUCAUGAAGGUGGUCACAAAAAGGGUGGUCAUCACAGUUCUGGACAUAAGCAUCACGGGCAUCAUGAUCACCACCAUGGCAAAGGCGGUCAUCAUCAUGAAGGCGGCCACCAUCAUGACCAUAAGGGACAUCAUGGUCAUGGUGGCCAUGACGAGCAUCAUCAUGGUCAUCAUGAUCAUGGUAGCAAGGGUGGUCAUGAACAUCAUAAGCACUGGGGACACAAAUCUGGUCACUAAACAGAUUUCAUUAUUUUGUUGAACAGUUGUUGUUGUUUGUUAUUGUUUAAAUAAAACUAUUAUUGCCCGGG